AUGAAACGUUUAGGACGACAAGCUCGAAUCUCGCUCAUGCUAAGCAUCAAUGCUACCUUUUUUGUGGCAGAAAUUGCCGUCGGCUAUUAUGCCAGUUCCCUUGCCCUAGUCGCUGAUUCAUUCCAUAUGCUGAGUGAUAUGCUUAGUUUGGCUGUCGCUUUAUGGGCUAUGCGGGCGGUGUCAAAAACGGAGGUUGAUCCCAAAUACUCAUAUGGAUGGCAACGUGCAGAAAUACUUGGCGCGUUAUUUAAUGCAGCGUUCUUAAUAGCCCUUUGUGUCAUGAUCGUCAUUGAAGGCAUUCAACGUUUCGUUUCGCCAGAACCUAUUACCAAUCCUAAACUGGUCCUUAUUACGGCAUGUGCCGGCCUUGGUGGAAAUAUUAUAGGAUUACUCCUUUUCAGAGAGCACGGGCAUGGUCACGGGCAUGGACACGGGCAUCAUCAUCACCAUCAUCAUGAUGAAAAUGAAAUAUACAGUGAAAAAGGCGAACAGCAUCCGAAACAAGGUCACUUGAAUAUGAAAGGGAUAUUUCUGCAUGUUAUGGGUGAUGCACUAGGCAACCUUGGAGUUAUUGCAACGGCACUGUUUGUGUGGCUGACAGACUUCAGUUGGCGUUUCUACAUGGAUGCUCUUGUGAGUCUGGUAAUUGCGAUUCUGCUUUUCAUAGCUGCCAUCCCUUUGGUUCGAGAAACAAGCAACAUUCUACUCCAAGCUAGCAGCAUAGCCAUUGAUGAUGUUAGAAAUGACAUUUCUCAGCUGAAAGAGGUUUUAUCGGUCCAUGAAUUACACAUAUGGCAGCUAUCAGAUACAAAGCACAUUGCUUCGCUUCAUGUUUUACUCAAGUCGCCAUCCGAUUACAUGGCUAUAGCAUCCGAUAUGCGAAAAUUACUGCAUAGGCGUGGAAUUCAUUCAGCUACUAUUCAACCUGAAUUUCUCAAUGGCAAAUCUUUGAGCUCCUCAACAUCAAUGAUUUCUUCUCGGGAAACGUAUACCGAAGAAACCGAUACAUUGUCCUUUAAAGCAAGUGAAUCAGCCUGCUUAUUGCGGUGCGAAGGGGAUUCUUGUAAUGAAAAUGCUUGCUGUCCACUUGCAGCCGACAAGUCAUAA